CGCGAUACUGGCCGUCCGUUCAGUUCGUCAUCUGGUUUAGUCGUGUACGAUCGUUCUCUCGUCUCUCGUCUUACUCAAUAGCCCGACAGUGGGCUAGCGCCUUUGCGAUUACGAUUUGCGGUCAGUCAACGCGAAACGAGUUGGCUUAAUCGCAUCGGCUGCACCAUGUUGUUCCUGACCGUGACAGCAUGUCUACUGAUCACGGUUCAAGCAGGUUGCCCUAUGCGACCGACCCCUGAUCAAACUUCCGCCAGGAGAACCACAGGCGACGGUGGCUACAGGAUUCUCGUUAGCGGCGAGUCCAACAAAUAUGUCCCAAAUGCUAUUUACACGAUAAGUUUGCAAGGGUCGAGGACCCACGAAAGAUUGCAACAGUUUACAAGAUUUACGGUUUCGGUGCACUCUCAGCAUGCCCCGAAUAAUCCAGCCAUACGAGUCGGGUACUUCCAGCUAUUCCCAGAUUCGCUGACCACCUUCAACGAGGACUGUGUCAACACCAUUUCAGAAGCCUCCGAUUUCCCCAAAACGGAGGUCCAAGUGAUGUGGAGGGCACCGCCGCCUGGAUCAGGAUGCGUUAUCUUUACGGCCAUGGUCUUGGAGAAUAAUGUACGAUGGUACGCCGAGGAUGGCGGUCUAACCAAGACCUUCUGCGAAAUGGGACCUAAAGAGGUGGAAGUUUUAGACGUCGACAAGUGCUGUGCCUGUGACGAAGCAAAAUAUUCGCUAACUUUGGAGGGAAUUUGGUCGAACGUGACCCAUCCGAAAGACUUUCCGUUCUCGGCUUGGUUGACCCACUUCAGCGACGUGAUCGGCGCGUCUCACGUUCCUAGCUUCUCUUUUUGGGGCAAAGACCACAUAGCCACCGAUGGCUUCCGGCAAUUGGCCGAGUGGGGCUCGGCAUCGGGGGUGGAAGCCGAGCUCAGGGCUAACUCGAAUAAAUUGAGGACUCUAAUCAAAGCUGCUGGACUAUGGUAUCCCAACGUAAACACUAAUACGAGCACCAGCUUCAGGGUAGACAAGAAUCACCCCAUGAUGUCCGUGGCCUCUAUGCUGGGACCAUCGCCCGACUGGGUGAUCGGAGUCAGUAAGCUGAAUCUGUGCAGAAAAGAUUGCACCUGGACGAAGAGCGAAAUCAUCGAUUUGUAUCCGUGGGACGCCGGAACCGACAAUGGGAUCUCCUAUAUGUCGCCAAACUCCGAAACGAAGCCGCGAGAGAAGAUGAAGCCUAUCACGACAUUGUAUCCCGAAGAUCCUAGAUCGCCAUUCUACGAUCCAACUGGGAGACCUAUGCUGCCGUUGGCCAGGUUGUACUUGAAUAGAGAGAAGAUAGUUCCGCGUGGUUGCGACGAGGAGACUCUUCAGCAGCAAGUCACGCAAUUGGAAGUCGCCGAGAACACCGAGGACACUUCUAGACCCGAGUGUCAAACCACGGAAUACACAUCAUGGUCAACUUGUUCGGUGACUUGCGGCAAAGGAUUGAGAAUGCGUACCAGGUCCUACCUGAUGCCUGAAAAAGCGAAAAUGUUCAAUUGCAACAGACAGUUGGUUUCGAAGGAGAUGUGCGUCUCGUCCAUUCCGGAGUGCUCAGGAGAAGAGGAGCCGGAUGAGAGGGACUUGCUUCCCGUAAACCACUCUUUCUGCGAAACCAACGAAUGGUCCGCGUGGUCCGAGUGCUCCUCUACUUGUGGAAUAGGGAUGAAAACAAGAACGAGAAGAUUCAAGGACCGCAUGGGUCGUAAACGGUGUUCUCGUGUUGCCAUCGUCGAAAAAGAAAAGUGUAUGGAACCACCCUGUCCCCCCGGCUUGGAGGAACACAUCGAUCCUGCGUGCAACGUGACGGAAUGGUCCGAUUGGUCACCGUGCAGUGCUUCCUGCGGAAAGGGAGUGAAAUUGAGAACCAGGCUGCUGAUGGUCGAACCAUCGCAACAACACAAGUGUUCCUCCAAGACGGAGCUAGUUCAGCAGAGACCGUGUUUGGAGCAGGCUGAUUGUACUUUCGAUAUGGCAACCGCUAAAGUGGUUUGCAUGGAGCCCGUAGACCCUGGACCUUGCAGGGGAUACUUUCAAAGGUGGGCAUACGAUCCUCAAAAGCGGAUGUGCGCACCAUUCGUUUAUGGUGGCUGCAAGGGUAACAGAAACAAUUUCUUGACCGCUGAAGAGUGCACCAACACCUGUGGCAUAGUUCGAACGAUCCUUAGCGGAGAGUCCCUGAACAGCACUAAUCCUCAACAAACGUUUCAACCUCUAGCAUCGGUGAAUUGCGUUAUGACUAACUGGUCGCCUUGGUCACCUUGUAGCGUCACUUGCGGUGCCGGCCGUGUCACCAGUUAUCGCACCAUUCAGCAAGAAGCACUAAACGGCGGGAGUCCUUGUCCCAAGAAGUUGACCCGUCGUUCCCGAUGCCAACUUGCACCGUGCGAUUAGCUCUUCGAAUAAACACGAAUCGAGACCAAUACGAAGCAGGAAUUCGAAGCAG